AUGGAUCCAGGCGAUUGCUUUUCUUUGGGCUUCUUAAUUUUAAUCAGUCCGACGAAACGGCGUCGGACACGUGCCAAUGGUAAAGAUCUCAGUGAUGCCCCGGAACUGGAUCGCAGCAAUGUUUCCUUUGAUCUACCCAGCGAACUGUUCAACAAAACCAUUAAGACCGUCACACAAGUUUCGCAAUCAUUCUCCCGCUUAAUCAUGAAUUCUGCACGUCGUUACUCCCGCUUUGCUCUGUUCUUCAAGCCAAUACUUGGUGAUGCUUUGGUUGUGAAGGGCUUCGAGGAUCCCACAACUACAACAACAAUGCGCACAACCACUGAGGAUUCGGAUAAACUUAAUGAAGUUUAG